GCACCUGCCGAACAACAUCUCGGGCAUGAAAAUUAAAUUCCUUAUCUGAAGUGGGGUAAUCGUGUGGAAAUAAUACAACAACAAUGGCGCGCCUGCUUCAACCUCCAAUAACCCUCCACCGCCCGCUUCCCGCUACACCACCGCGCGUCAUCGAACUUCUCCAUCCCGACUACGCACCCGGCGAGAACAUCCUUCUCGUCCUUCGCGCCCUUGAUGAUGGCGGUGUCGAUUAUGAUACAGCCGUGAUUGCCGCUGGCAUUGUUGCUGGAAAUAUCUGGACCGGUUUCCUCGCUACCCGCAACCCUGACGGUAUUCUCAUGCCAAUUGCACGCCCUGCCGAUGGCAUCCUCCGAGGGUGUAACGCAUAUUUCUUCCAGCUACCCAACACCGAUGUCCUAGAGCGGCCCUACCCAGUUGUAGUUCGCUUCUCAGACUGGUGCUUCCCACAUGACGAUCUGCCUUCGCCGUGGAGAGAAUUGCGACCUGCUCCCGAUCAGGGCUCCUCAUGCCGCGUUACUGACGCUGGAUGGAGCGUUGAGAAGGCUUAUCUUGUCCCAGUGUCUUCCCAGGCGUGGUGGAUUCGUGAAGAUAUGAGCAGAUAUACUACUGUUGACCGAUUCAGCCAGGUUGACAUUGACUCUGACGACAACACCCUUUUCCUCCGCUCCGACAUACAUAAGAUAUUCGACGAGAAAGUCUUUACAAUCGUGCCGAAACGGAAUAUCUCCCUCGCACAAGAUACGCCACAGCCGUCACAUACAGAGGAGGAAUUAUCGCUUGUCAUCCACAUAUUUAACGCUCUCUCCGACGCAUACUUCAACGCUACCUACCACAACCGCCAACUCCUGCCGUUGCGGUACAGUGUUGAAUGCCUCUUCGCUCGCUUUGCCUGGACUGUCUUUUCCCCAGGCGUUCUUGGCAAAUUCCUCUUGCAAUGUCUCACGCAACGUAGCGUGUUAGUUUUCGAUCCUGUUGCACGCCGGUUCGCUGUUGAGACGAGGAGUCCCCAACAGACAUCCGGCAUUUACAAGGCGUCGCAGAGCAGAAGUUCAAGUCCGAGGAAGAGAGCAGCUGGGGAGAUGGAUGAUGAAUUUGGCAGUGUGUGUGGAGAGGAUGCAAGCCAGGCUGACAGCGGAUUUGUUGACGAGGAGGGCCUUUGUAGAGGGAGGACGAUGAAGAGAAGAUGGAGUGGUACCCAUGAUGAGGUUGUAUUGAAGCGACGUUUACAACCCUAGAUGUAGAGUUUGAAGGUUGUUGUUAAC